UGAAAAAUGUCACCAGUUGCUCCCCGAUUCCAUCAGCCAAAACUUCUUCCUCCGCCAUGCAGGUUCAAACUGUCAUCAUCUUCGUUUCAUUGGCUGGCGUUUUCACUGCUGGGCAAGAGCAGGCACAGUACGAAAGUGUUUCAGCCAAGCCUUCUUAUGAGCAACAGCAAGCUCCAAUGCCGCAUUCCUUUGCGUGGGCCGUGAAGGACGAGCCGAGCAAGAACGACUAUUCGCACCAACAGGAAAGCGAUGGCAAGGUGACUACCGGCUCUUACCGUGUCGCUUUGCCCGAUGGCCGCACACAGAUCGUCACAUACAGGGCCGAUGAAAACGGUUACGUUGCUGAUGUCAAGUACGAAGGCGAGGCUCGCUAUCCGGAAUACAAGCCUUCGUCGUACAGCAAGCCAACGGAAUCCUAUGCCAAGGCGUCCAAACCAGAAAACCGCUCCGUUUAACAGUUGAAAACAUGCGGAAUUGACUUGUACUAUAAUGUGAGUUCUCAAACGAAGUUUGUCUUUUUCUGAAGUUCAAUGUUCCAUUGGUUGUAAGUAAACUCCUGUGAUA